GGAACAGAGUCCCCUUUCCGGUCGUCCCAAAGCUCUCGGCCUGACAACUAGCCAGUGGGAGAGAGUAUCCCUCUUCGGGGCGGUGCCAAUAAGAAGACCAGAGUGGCCCACCAUGGAAACAUAACACAUUCUAGAGAUUCGGAGUGGCUAUCUCGGUUCCUGUAUUCUUUCAGAAAAACGGAAUAGUCGACUUUAGUAUCUGUUUACUGCUGGUAUGGACGUGAUAUUAGUUUUACAAGUGAAGCAACAAUGAUUCUUCGACAGCUAGUUGCUAUUGGACUUGGUCAGCGCGUAUCAUCUCUAGUGACUCGUGGACCUUUGGUAGAAAUGACCAGGUCUGCCAGUUCAGAUAUGUCUGCGUUCCGAAAUGUCUUCUCUAAAGCCAAGCACAUUGCCAUUAUUACUGGGGCAGGUGUGAGUGCUGAGAGUGGAAUCCCUACCUUCAGGGGUUCUGCAGGCUACUGGAGGAAAUGGCAAUCUCAGGACCUGGCCACUCCUGAGGCCUUCUUCCGGAACCCUUCCUUGGUGUGGGAGUUCUAUCACUACCGCAGAGAAAUCAUGCAGAGUAAGAGGCCCAACGCUGCUCAUCUGACCAUAGCAGAGUGCGAGGCUCGGCUGAGGAAGCAGGGCCGCUCUGUCGUAGUCAUCACCCAGGUCAUAGAUGACUUGCACUUCCAAGCUGGUUCCAAACAGGUCCUCAAAAUCCAUGGAAGUCUGUUUGAGACCCGCUGUGUAAGCUGUGGAGAUGUGACUGUGAAUCAGCGCAGCCCCAUAUGUGAUGCCUUACAGGGGAAAGGGUCACCGGACACAGAUGCCAGUGAUGCUAAGAUUCCACCGGAGGAGCUGCCAAGGUGUGAGAAAAAUGACUGUCACGGUCUGCUAAGGCCCAAUGUCAUCUGGUUUGGGGAAACUCUGGACUCACACGUCCUGACCAAGGUAGAGACGGUGCUGGACACUUGUGAUCUCUGUCUGGUGGUCGGCACCUCGUCCAUAGUCUACCCAGCGGCCAUGUUUGCACCCCAGGUGGCGUCCAGGGGCGUCCCAGUGGCAGAGUUUAAUAUUAACACCACCCCCGAAACCACGCGCUUCACGUACCACUUCCCGGGGCCUUGUGGGACCACGCUGCCCAUUGCUUUGGCACGUCAUGAGUCUGAAGUCAUUUGAGGGUUGGGGACUAAGGUCUGAUGGAGUUUCACCUAGUGGGCUGCUACCAUAUCCGUUCCAGGGCUGUUCAGUGCCAUGGUCAUUACUCCCUUAUCUAAAAAGUAUAAUGUUGAUGAACUAGGAAUGCAGGGUUGUGAAAAGUGUUGCGGCCUGCUGCCAAAAAUUGAUUAGUAGAGAGGUCGUCUGACUGGAUACUUGAUAUGCUAGGUUAACUAAACUGGAAGUAUGGUUUUUAGGUUAUUGUCUCUUUAAAAGCAGAAUGGGGGGGACUAACUGCUUAUUCAGCUGAAAGUAGGACCAUAAUUCCAAUGGUUGGUUGAAAGAAGCAUUGAGAUUGGUUGAAACUCUUUGUAUGCAGUGUCUAUCACAGUGGAUAUUCCUUUGACAGCUUUCAGGGUGUCCUUGCUCUGUACAGUGUAUCAUAACCUGUUAGUGUGUCUUUUGAGAAGAGAUUCUAGUAUUUAAUAUAUCUUUAAUCUUGUGUGUCAGAUCACGUAUGUGUAGUAAUCAAAUCAUAGAACCAGAUGUUUUUCUUACUCUCUAUGGGAACUACAACCCAGUACAACACCUAAUCCCUGGGCCUGGUAAACCGUUCACACAACCAUGACCAAAUGGAGGCUUUAAACCUGAACUACAUUGCAACGACUCAGAGAGGGAUUCAACCAAGGUGACUGAGGUGGCUUUUGCUGGGGGAAGGAGCGGGACUAGAUAGGACAAGAGUUUAGUUUUCGAGUUUGAACAUGCACCGUUGAAUUCCCUCCCUGUGGCAACAUAAUGUACCAUCUGAAUGUCUAUUAAAGAUACUGUGGUUACAUGUCUUGGGAA